GCGGCCCUGCGGGGGCCCCGGGAGGUUGGGUGUCGGCUUACACGUCGCCUUCAGUACACAAUCCGUCAGAGAUCCACCCAUUCGCCUCCCCCGCCCCCCAGCCAGCGCGGGGACUGGAGAAGUCCGCCUUCCCCCGCGGCGCGGCGCGCAGCCCCAGCGCACUCUCCGCCUAGCUCGGUUCGCUGGCGCGCGCUUUCUGCCCACGAAGAGCCAUGCUUCGCGUGAUUGUGGAGUCUGCCAGCAAUAUCCCUAAAACGAAAUUUGGGAAACCGGAUCCUAUUGUCUCUGUUAUUUUCAAGGAUGAGAAAAAGAAAACAAAGAAAGUUGACAAUGAACUCAACCCUGUAUGGAAUGAGAUUUUGGAGUUUGACUUGAGGGGUAUACCUCUGGACUCUUCGUCUUCCCUUACAAUUGUUGUAAAAGAUUUUGAGACGAUUGGACAAAAUAAAUUAAUUGGCACGGCCACGGUAUCCCUGAAGGACCUGACUGGUGACCAGAACAGAUCUCUGCCUUAUAAACUCGUCUCCCUGCUGAAUGAAAGGGGGCAAGAGACUGGGGCCACCAUCGACCUGGUGAUUGGCUAUGUUCCGCCUUCAGCUCCACAUCCAAAUGACCCCAGUGGGACCGGAGUGUCAGUCAUAGAAGGAGAAGAGGAGGAAGAUGGAGGUGAUGAAGACAGAUUGGACAGUACAGUCAGGAUCCCUGGGCCCAAGGGGGCGGGUGGGCCGGUGUCGGAAGCUCAGCUUGCCCGGAGGCUCACGAAGGGAAAGAACAGCCGGCGGAUGCUGUCCAACAAGCCCCAGGACUUCCAGAUCCGUGUCCGGGUGAUUGAGGGCCGGCAGCUAAGUGGCAACAACAUAAGGCCCGUGGUCAAGGUCCACGUCUGUGGUCAGACACACCGAACAAGAAUCAAGAGAGGGAACAAUCCAUUUUUUGAUGAGUUAUUUUUCUACAACGUGCACAUAACUCCCUCUGAACUGAUGGAUGAGAUCAUCAGCAUCCGGGUUUAUAAUUCCCAUUCUCUGCGGGCAGAUUCUCUGAUGGGGGAAUUUAAGAUUGAUGUUGGAUUCAUUUAUGAUGAACCUGGUCAUGCUAUCAUGAGAAAAUGGCUUCUUCUCAAUGACCCCGAGGAUGCCAGCUCAGGAGCUAAAGGUUACAUGAAAGUCAGCAUGUUCGUCCUGGGGACCGGAGACGAGCCUCCUGCUGAGAAACGGGAUCGUGAUAACGACAGUGAUGAUGUGGAGAGUAAUUUGCUCCUCCCUGCUGGCAUCGCCCUCCGGUGGGUGACCUUCCUGCUGAAAAUCUACCGAGCAGAGGACAUCCCCCAGAUGGAUGAUGCCUUCUCACAGACAGUAAAGGAAAUAUUCGGAGGCAAUGCAGAUAAAAAGAACCUAGUGGAUCCUUUUGUUGAAGUUUCCUUCGCUGGGAAAAAGGUUUGCACAAAUAUAAUUGAGAAAAAUGCAAACCCUGAGUGGAAUCAAGUCGUUAAUCUUCAGAUCAAGUUUCCUUCGAUGUGUGAAAAAAUAAAGUUAACAAUAUAUGACUGGGACCGUCUUACUAAAAAUGAUGUCGUUGGAACAACGUAUCUAUACCUUUCUAAGAUUGCUGCCUCUGGUGGGGAGGUGGAAGAUUUGUCAUCUUCGGGAUCUGGGGCUGCAUCGUAUACAGCAAAUACAGGAGAAACAGAGGUGGGUUUUGUUCCAACAUUUGGACCUUGUUAUCUGAACCUUUAUGGAAGCCCCAGAGAAUACACUGGAUUCCCAGACCCCUAUGAUGAGCUAAAUACUGGCAAGGGAGAAGGAGUUGCCUACAGAGGCAGGAUCUUGGUUGAAUUAAGCACUUUCCUUGAAAAGACCCCACCUGACAAAAAACUUGAGCCCAUUUCCAGUGAUGACCUGCUGGUUGUGGAGAAAUACCAACGAAGGCGGAAGUAUAGCCUGUCUGCUGUGUUCCAUUCAGCCACCAUGUUGCAAGAUGUUGGUGAGGCCAUUCAGUUUGAAGUCAGCAUUGGGAAUUACGGCAACAAGUUUGAUACGACUUGUAAGCCUUUGGCAUCAACUACUCAGUACAGCCGUGCCAUAUUUGAUGGAAACUACUAUUAUUACUUGCCUUGGGCCCACACAAAGCCAGUUGUUACCCUGACUUCAUACUGGGAGGACAUCAGUCAUCGCCUGGAUGCGGUGAACACGCUCCUCGCCAUGGCAGAACGGCUGCAAUCAAACAUAGAGGCUCUAAAAUCAGGGCUACAAGGCAAAAUUCCUGCAAACCAGUUGGCCGAAAUAUGGUUGAAGCUGAUCGACGAAGUUAUAGAAGACACGAGGUACACGUUGCCUCUCAUGGAAGGAAAAGCUAAUGUCACAAUUCUUGACACUCAGAUCCAAAAGUUGCGGUCCCGAUCUCUCUCCCAGAUCCAUGAGGCAGCUGUGAGGAUGAGGUCUGAGGCCACAGAGGUGAAGGCCACGUUGACAGAAAUUGAGGACUGGCUUGAUAAAUUACUGCAACUGACUGAAGAGCCACAGAACAGUAUGCCUGACAUUAUCAUCUGGAUGAUCCGGGGAGAGAAGAGACUGGCCUAUGCACGCAUUCCCGCACAUCAGGUGUUAUAUUCCACCAGUGGUGAGAACGCGUCUGGGAAAUACUGUGGGAAAACCCAGACCAUCUUGCUGAAGUAUCCGCAGGAAAACAUCCACGGACCCAAGGUGCCUGUGCAGCUGCGAGUGAACAUCUGGCUGGGCCUAAGUGCUGUCGAGAAGAAGUUCAACAGCUUCGCAGAAGGAACAUUCACCGUCUUUGCUGAAAUGUAUGAAAAUCAAGCUCUUAUGUUUGGAAAAUGGGGCACUUCUGGAUUAGUGGGUCGUCAUAAAUUUUCUGAUGUCACAGGAAAAAUAAAACUCAAGAGAGAAUUCUUUUUGCCUCCAAAAGGCUGGGAAUGGGAAGGAGACUGGAUAGUUGAUCCUGAAAGAAGCUUGCUGACCGAGGCGGACGCGGGUCACACGGAGUUCACGGACGAAGUGUACCAGAACGAGAGUCGCUAUCCCGGGGGCGAGUGGAAGGCAGCCGAGGACACCUACACCGACGCGAAUGGUGAUAAAGCAGCCUCACCCAGCGAACUGACAUGCCCUCCAGGUUGGGAAUGGGAAGAUGACGCAUGGGUAUAUGACAUAAAUCGUGCAGUAGAUGAGAAAGGCUGGGAGUAUGGAAUUACCAUUCCUCCAGAUAAUAAGCCCAAAUCCUGGGUUGCUGCAGAGAAAAUGUACCAUACUCAUAGACGGCGAAGGCUGGUCCGAAAACGCAAGAAAGAUUUAACACAAAGCACUUCAAGUACUGCAAGGGCCAUGGAAGAAUAUGAAGACCAGGAGGGCUGGGAAUAUGCUUCUUUAAUUGGCUGGAAAUUUCACUGGAAACAGCGGAGUUCAGAUACCUUUCGCCGUAGACGCUGGAGAAGAAAAAUGGCUCCUUCAGAAACACAUGGUGCAGCUGCCAUCUUUAAACUUGAAGGUGCUCUUGUAAGAGUCUACACUUACCAUCUGCGCUGCUAUAUCUAUCAAGCCAGAAACCUCAUGGCUCUAGACAAGGAUAGUUUUUCAGAUCCAUAUGCUCAUGUCUCCUUCCUCCAUCGAAGCAAAACCACUGAGAUCAUCCACUCAACUCUGAAUCCCACAUGGGACCAAACGAUUAUAUUCGAUGAAAUUGAAAUCUAUGGGGAGCCCCAGACACUUCUGCAGAACCCACCCAAAGUUGUCAUCGAACUAUUUGACAAUGACCAAGUGGGCAAAGAUGAAUUUUUAGGACGCAGCUUGUGCUCUCCUCUGGUAAAACUAAACUCAGAAAUGGAUAUCACGCCCAAACUUCUCUGGCACCCUGUAAUGAAUGGAAACAAAGCCUGUGGGGAUGUCCUUGUAACUGCUGAGCUGAUUCUGAGGCACAAGGAUGGCUCCAACCUUCCCAUCCUUCCUUCACAAAGGGCUCCAAAUCUAUACAUGGUCCCCCAAGGGAUCAGACCUGUGGUCCAGCUCACUGCCAUUGAGAUUCUUGCUUGGGGCUUAAGAAAUAUGAAGAACUACCAGAUGGCUUCUAUCACAUCGCCCAGCCUCAUUGUGGAGUGCGGAGGGGAAAGAGUAGAGUCAGUGGUGAUCAAAAACCUUAAGAAGACCCCCAACUUCCCGAGUUCUGUUCUCUUCAUGAAAGUGUUCUUGCCCAAGGAGGAACUGUACAUGCCCCCGCUGGUGAUCAAGGUCAUCGACCACCGGCAGUUCGGGCGGAAGCCAGUUGUUGGGCAGUGCACCAUCGACCGCCUGGAACGCUUCCGCUGCGACCCUUAUGCAGGAAAGGAGGAUCUUGUGCCACAGCUAAAAGCCUCCCUUCUGUCUACCUCACCCUGCCGGGACGUUGUUAUCGAAAUAGAAGACACCAAACCAUUACUGGCUUCUAAGCUGACAGAAAAGGAGGAAGAAAUCGUUGACUGGUGGAGCAAGUUUUAUGCUUCCAUGGGGGAACAUGAAAAAUGUGGACAAUAUGUCCAGAAAGGCUAUUCCAAACUCAAGGUAUAUGAUUGUGAACUGGAGGAGGUAACAGAAUUUGGAGGCCUGACAGACUUUUCGGAUACUUUCAAACUGUAUCGAGGCAAAUCAGAUGAAAAUGAAGAUCCUUCUGUCGUGGGAGAGUUUAAGGGCUCCUUCAGAAUCUACUCCCUGUCGGAUGACCCCAGCGUGCCGGCCCCUCCCAGGCAGUUUCGGGAAUUACCUGACAGCGUCCCACAGGAAUGCACGGUUAGGAUUUACAUUGUUCGAGGCUUAGAGCUCCAGCCCCAAGACAACAAUGGCCUGUGUGACCCUUACAUAAAAAUAACACUGGGCAAAAAAGUCAUUGAAGAUCGAGACAACUACAUCCCCAACACCCUCAACCCGGUCUUUGGCAGAAUGUAUGAGCUGAGCUGCUACUUGCCUCAAGAAAAAGACCUGAAAAUUUCUGUCUAUGAUUAUGACACCUUUACCCGCGACGAAAAGGUGGGAGAAACGAUUAUCGAUCUGGAAAACCGAUUCCUGUCCCGGUUUGGGUCCCACUGCGGCAUACCUGAGCAGUACUGUGUGUCUGGAGUAAACACCUGGCGAGAUCAGCUGCGACCAACACAGCUGCUUCAAAACGUGGCCAGAUUCAAAGGCUUCCCGCCCCCCAUCCUCUCCGAAGAUGGAAGCAGAAUCAGAUAUGGAGGUCGAGACUACAGUUUGGAUGAAUUUGAAGUCAACAAAAUUCUGCACCAACACCUGGGGGCCCCAGACGAGCGUCUGGCCCUUCACAUCCUCAGGACUCAGGGGCUGGUCCCCGAGCACGUGGAAACGAGGACUCUGCACAGCACCUUCCAGCCCAACAUUUCCCAGGGGAAACUUCAGAUGUGGGUGGAUGUUUUUCCCAAGAGUUUGGGGCCACCAGGCCCUCCUUUCAACAUCACCCCCCGGAAAGCCAAAAAGUACUACCUGCGUGUGAUCAUCUGGAAUACCAAGGAUGUUCUCUUGGAUGAAAAAAGCAUCACAGGAGAGGAAAUGAGUGACAUCUAUGUCAAAGGCUGGAUUCCUGGCAAUGAGGAAAACAAACAGAAAACAGACGUCCAUUACAGGUCCCUGGAUGGUGAAGGGAAUUUUAACUGGAGAUUCGUUUUCCCGUUUGACUACCUCCCGGCGGAACAACUCUGUAUCGUUGCUAAAAAAGAACAUUUCUGGAGUAUUGACCAAACUGAAUUUCGGGUCCCACCCAGGCUGAUCAUUCAGAUAUGGGAUAAUGACAAGUUUUCUCUGGAUGACUAUUUGGGUUUCCUGGAACUUGAUUUGCACCACACCAUCAUUCCAGCAAAAUCAUCAGAGAAAUGCAAUUUGGACAUGAUUCCAGACCUCAGAGCCAUGAACCCCCUUAAAGCAAAAACCGCCUCACUGUUUGAGCAGAAGUCCAUGAAAGGAUGGUGGCCAUGCUAUGCGGAUAAAGAUGGCUCCCGUGUGAUUGCUGGGAAAGUGGAGAUGACGUUGGAAAUCCUCAAUGAGAAGGAGGCAGACGAGAGGCCAGCCGGGAAGGGACGGGAUGAACCCAACAUGAACCCCAAGCUGGACCCACCAAACCGACCAGAAACCUCCUUCCUGUGGUUCACCAACCCGUGUAAGACCAUGAGGUUCAUCGUGUGGCGCCGGUUCAAGUGGGUCAUCAUUGGCCUGCUGAUCCUGCUGAUCCUGCUGCUCUUCGUGGCCGUGCUCCUGUACUCCCUGCCGAACUAUUUGUCAAUGAAGAUUGUGAGGCCAAAUGCAUAAUGAAAGCAAAGGUUUCUUUUCAAGUCAUCUAGCAAUGAGGGAAUCCUGUCUGUUUAUGGACCAAAACCAAGAGUGGUUUAGUUUGUGUCCGAGAUGACAUCACCGUGACUUGUCACAUUACCUCGCCUCACCGAGACCAUCAGUCCCUGGAGGGUCUAGGUCCUGGAAAGUCAGGCCAACAUGCAACGUUUUUUAUUUUCUUAUCUUUGGAAGUAUUAAAAAGUUUUAACCAUGUUUUUCAGGAUAUUUUUCAAGGUGGCUGGUUCCAUUUUAAAAAGCACCUUUUUUACAUGUCCUUAAUUUUAUAAUUCAAUUUUUAGAAACCGCUGAAAUCAAAGUAAAAACUUUCUGCAUCUUAACUUCAUAUACUUAUUUGUAAUCAACAAAAAGGACUGUGCAUUAUAAAAUAUUUAGAAUAGAGUAAUUCUUAUUUAUGCCUGUAGCCAUUGUUACGAUAUUUUAUACGGAUGAAUGUCAUGAAACUCUAUUCAACCUCUGUGCUGAACUCAAAUAAAAACAUUUCACCUUUGACACACAGCUGUGGGCUGGGUUGGGAAGGAGGCAGUUUCCAGUCCUCUGGGCCAUAAACCUUUUAUAUGUGUGCUGCCAAAUCCUAGCCAGUGGGCCAAACUGAGGCUAAUGUAAUAAAUAAUAAAAGCUAA